GCGAGGAGGCUGCGCCGCGCGCGCCGCGCCAGGGCGGGAGCCGGGCCUGGGUCGCGGGCGGGAAUCGGCCAGGGGCGCACCAGCCGCGCGGCGGGCCGCCUGGGAGUCGCGGCGAUGGCGGUGCAGGCGGCGCUCCUCAGCACGCACCCCUUCGUCCCCUUCGGCUUCGGGGGCUCCCCGGACGGGCUGGGGGGCGCCUUCGGAGCCCUGGACAAGGGCUGCUGUUUCGAGGAUGAUGAGACCGGGACACCAGCGGGCGCGCUGCUGGCCGGCGCCGAGGGCGGGGACGUGCGCGAGGCCACCCGCGACCUGCUCAGCUUCAUCGACUCGGCGUCCAGCAACAUCAAGCUGGCAUUGGACAAGCCCGGCAAGUCGAAGCGGAAGGUGAACCACCGCAAGUACCUGCAGAAGCAGAUCAAGCGCUGCAGCGGCCUCAUGGGCGCCGCGCCCCCCGGCCCGCCCUCUCCAGGCGCAGCGGACGCGCCGGCCAAGCGGCACCCAGCCGCCCCCGGCGCCCAGACCGUCGCGGUCCCGCCCCAUGGCAAGGCUGCCCCCCGGCGGGAGGCGUCUCAGGCCGCGGCUGCCGCCAGCCUGCAGAGCCGGAGCCUGGCCGCACUCUUCGACUCGCUGCGCCACGUCCCCGGGGGCGACGAGCGGGCCAGGGGUUCGGUGGCGGCGCCCGUGGCCGGGCUCGGUGGAGCGGGCGCUGUGGGCUCGGGAGGGGACGCGGCCGGCCCCGCGGGAGGUACGGCCGUCCCCGGCGCCAGGAAGGUCCCGUUGCGGGCCCGCAACCUGCCGCCGUCCUUCUUCACCGAGCCGUCCCGGGCGGGAGGCGGUGGCUGCGGACCGUCGGGGCCCGGCGUGAGCUUGGGCGACUUGGAGAAGGGCGCGGAAGCCGUGGAGUUCUUCGAGCUGCUGGGGCCGGACUACGGCGUCGGCACCGAGGCGAGUGUCUUGCUCGCCGCGGAGCCUCUCGAUGUGUUUCCCACGGGAGCCGCCGUCCUGCGGGGCCCCCCGGAGCUGGAGCCCGGUCUCUUUGAGCCGCCACCCGCGAUGGUGGGGAGCCUACUGUACUCCGAGUCCUGGAGCGCCCCGGGCUGCCCCCCGACCAAGAAGCCGCCCCUGGCCGCCCCCCGCGGCGGCUUGACCUUGAACGAGCCCUUGCGCUCCCUGUACCCCUCUGCGGCGGACUCUCCCGGCGGAGAGGACGCGCCCGGCCUUUUGGCGUCUUUCGCCCCCUUCUUCUCAGACUGCGCACUGCCCCCGCCCCCGCCACCGCCGCCGCAUCAGGUGUCCUAUGAUUACAGCGCGGGCUACAGCCGCACGGCUUACUCCAGCCUCUGGAGACCGGACGGCGUUUGGGAAGGGGCGCCCGGGGAGGAGGGGGCGCACCGGGACUGAGGGAGAGGUACUGUUGCCUGUUUGCGACUGCUGUGGGGAGCUCCCGCCUCCGGGUUUCUCCUAAGCCUAAGAACGAUAGGAAAGUGCACGUGGAGAUGAAACGGGAUUUUAAAAUAUUCAAUUAAUAAAAGAAACUUAAAAAAAAAAAUGAAGAGGAGUUGGGGGGGUUGUUUUAAUCACAGCCUCAAGUGUUAAAAAAAAACAAAAACAAAAACGAAAAAAGCCGUUGGUAGGUUCUUCCUGGACCAGACAAGCAAGAAACCACGCCGGGCUUUGGGGAAUGGGGUGGGGAUGGUGGAAGGGACAAGGGGUGGCUUCUGUAGCCACCUGACCCUUCUACAACUUUUCAGCAAAAGGUCAGUGUGUUCAGUGUAAUUGCCCCAUCCAAACAGUGCGCUGGUUCCUCCCUUUCCUUCCCUUUUGAGUGCAUUAUGAAUUAAAGCCUCUAUUGAAAAGA